CAGAGUUAAACAAAUCCGUCCAAACUUAAAUACACUCGCAGAAAUUAUCAACCGAUUAUCAUCCACGUGUAACUAUGAGUACAUGCGACUCUACCGGACGAUAAUAAUCCUACCCCACAACUUGAAUACGACUUGAUCACCGCAUGGAAAUAACGCACUACAUGCUAAGUGGUACUAAAUCACCACGUAUGCCAAUACGCCAAAAAUUACCAAAUUAGCAUCUGGGCCGGUACACUCAAGUCUAAAUAUUACCGGAAUUUGUUGAGUGUGCACUUCCAAACAUUUAAUUAUUGCUAAAUGCGCCAGCUCCCACAGCUUCUCGUCGAUUAUCUUCGUGGCCGAACUUAGGAUUAAUCUGUGUUCUUCGGAGGCGUCAUUAACAAAGCUACAAAUUUGACUUAGAUACUACCCGAAUUUUAUACAAAACAGUACAAAUUUUGAACAUUGUUACCUACCAUGUUACCCACCCUUUUCCUCGCCUCUUUUUCCAUCGCUGUCAAACUAUUCGUGGAAAAGUACCGCAGCGACGAUUUACAAAAGACUUUACAGGAAUUAGAGGGGGAUUUAUCGCUCCCGCGAAUUACCGCAUACGACUACAUAAUUGUUGGGGCUGGCACGGCCGGAUCACUCUUGGCUGGGAGACUAUCGGAAAGAUUUAGCGUCCUGCUUCUCGAAGAAGGUGGGCCACCCCCACCCGCUACGGACAACCAGUUUUAUUACGAACUGACCUCCACCGAUGGCACGUCAGGGAUCAACAAUAUUUUCUUCUCCGAGCCAGAUUCGCAAGGUCGGCGGCGCAGAAUGUCCACCGGGAAAAUGCUGGGUGGCUCGGGAUCCCACAAUGCAAACAUUUAUUUCCGUGGAUCACCUCGAGACUACGAAAAUUACGCAACGCUUACAGGAGACCGGUCGUGGAGUUACGAAAACAUGCUGCGUCACUUCAAAACUACUGAAUCAUUCAGAGGCUGGCUUGUCAGCGAGGAUGAGAGGGCAGGCUACUAUGGGAUAAACGGCCCAAUAAUCGUUAACACCGACACUCCUCCCGUUUUAUCUGCUUGGUUUCAAGCUGGCAUUGAACUAGGAUAUCAUAUUCGAGACGCGAACGCAUUCCAGGAAGAAUCCUUUGUCCCAAUGACGAUGUCCAUGUUGAACGCGGUUCGUCAAAGUGCAUACAACCAAGUAGUCAAACCUUUAAUGAAUUAUCGUCCAACCCUAAAAGUUCUCACCUAUUCAAGAGUCGAUAAGAUUCUUAUCGAUGAGCGGAAUUAUGCUUAUGGAGUGGCCUAUAAACGGCACGGGAUUCCACAGAUUGCUCACGCUCGAAGGGAAGUAAUCGUCGCGUGCGGUACGAUGUCCUCCCCACUUCUCCUUAUUCGGUCAGGAGUUGGACCUGAGGAUACUCUGCGAAAAGCUAAGAUUCCUGUUAAAUCUUCACUACCCGGAGUCGGCUCCAACCUUCGCGACCAUAUAGGCGUCUUCCUUCAAUUCACCUCAUUAAACAAAAACUCCACCUUACAACCCAUCCUCCGCGAUCAGGACGUACAAACGGAACUGCUUAAAUUCCAAGGAAACCCGAGAUCCGGGUAUUUCACCCGGAUGACGGUGGGACCGCAAGCCUUCAUAGUUUCGUCACAAUCUAAGUCAGCUGGAGAAUACGGUUGGCCCGACUUACAGCUGGGAAUCACACAGUAUCCAAGCAUCGGUUCAGCAAAUGAUGUAUCCGUCCAGCUUUACGUCGUUCUCGGACGAGCCGAAACCGAGGGGGAAAUUCGGCUUAAUGUUUCAGCAUAUCAAAGUAACCCUGACGCGGACGAUGUCGCCUUGGCCACCGUGGACUUUAAAGAUUUUGCUAAUUCACGCGAUGAGAAUGCCAUGUUAGAAGGAAUAUCCCUCGCUUUCAAAAUCAUGGAAGGCACGUCGCCCUUUCAAAGCAUGAAAGUAAAGUAUACUGGACCAUCCGUUCCCGCCUGUGCCUAUCAUUUCCCUAAUUCUGCCAACUUUUGGAGAUGCUACAUAAGACAGACCUACAUCGGUUGGCUCCACAUUGUCGGCACUUGCAAAAUGGGACAAGAUUCUGAUCCCAUGUCCGUUGUGGACAGCAAACUAAGGGUACGUGGAAUUCAAAACCUGCGAGUCGUCGACGCCAGCAUUCUGCCAGCGCUACCUAACACAAAUAUCAACGCGGUAGUUAUGGCUGUCGCGGAAAAGGUGGCUUCAGAACUAUUGUUGUCACGGGUGUGAUUAGCACGCGGAAUGUAUGAAGUAGUGUACGAUAAAUGUAUGAAAGCCUUUGUAUACACGUGACUAAAAUAAUAGAGACAUAAAUUUCUUAAAAAAUAUCCUGGUUAAGUAACGUGUCGCCCAAAAAGAGAAUGAAAACAUUUUUCCACAUCAGAGAAUUGUGGGACAAAACAAAGUCGUGCAUUUUCAGAUCCAAUACACUUUCAGGACUACAAGUUUAAACCAAUUUCAUACUUUAAUAACGAAGCGGAACAAAUAAAAUGUUGGAAAGAACACUAA